AUGCCAGAAACAAAUCUUAAGGAUCUUCUUAAUAAAUUGGAAGAAUUCUUCGGAAAAAAUGCGAUUAACAUCAUUAACAGCAAAAUCAAGAAUUUUGUUAGGAAAGAAGAUAGAGAACAAUCAAUAAAGGAGUUUAUUGUUAAACAAAUGCAGGAGAAAUUCGAUAAACUCACAAAAGAUGAUUUCCAAUUAACAUAUGAUGAUCAAUUUAAUAUUAACGAUGUUAAUAGCAAAAGAAACAUAAAAUUUGAUCUGAACAAAGUUUACACACAAAAAGCCAAAAACAGUGAACAAUUGGAACAAAAUAUUCCAAAAUUUGCAUCGUCCGAAAGCACAACAAUUGUAACCGAGUUCAAGGCUGAUAGUUUACACAAACUAACAUUUGAUACAAGGAUUAUUAGUCCAGAUGAAAGAAAGGUAAUAUCAGAAAGUAUUAACACGAAAUUUGAAGAAGCAAAUGAACCAAUGUUGAAAUUGGACAUGGUUCCAAAUGAUGAAGAAUUCGAUGAAGAAGGAAUCGCAUUUGGAGCAUUAACAUCCGCAAAAGCAAUUUAUGAAAAAAUCUCUGAAAUUCUCUCCAGAUGCAGAAAAUUUGUUUUGAUAAUGUCAAAUUAUAAAGAUUAUACCAAAGGAUUUCCAAAUUCUCAAGCAGAAAUACAGUUCAAAAAUUUGGCAGCUUUCUAUGCAUGGUCGAGCAACGAAUCUACACUAAAAACAACUCCAUUCUUGUCUCAGUGCAUUGAAUUCAACAACAGUUUCAUUUCACUUUUCAAAAUUUUGAAUAAGUCUGGUUGCAAGAUUCAAAAUCUUAAAAUAAAUGAGAAAGAUCUUAAAAACAGCGAUCUUAUUCAAUCUAUCAUGAAGCCAAAGCAGCCAUUGCUUUCUGUUGAACAGUUCAAGAAAGACUGGGUAAUGGUCUCAAGGAAGCCAUUAAAUCUCAAUAUCCCAUUACCAAAUCCUCCAGAUAAUAAAAAGAAACCAAAUCCUCAAGAAAAUAAAAAUAAUGGUACAAUUGUCACAGAGAUUCCAAGGAAGGAAUUUACUAAUCAAAUUGGAUUAAACUCACAACACGGAAGAGGAUGA